GCCAUACCUUUAUCUGCUCACUACCUUCUUGAGUUCUUCCAUUCACUAUGGCUACUUUUAGUUUGUUUGCUAUGGGCAAUCCCCUGCUCGACAUUCAAGUCACGGAGGGCGAGCCUCUGCUCGAGAAGUACGGUCUAAAGCCGAACGACGCUGUGCUUGCCAACGAACAGCAACUGGCUAUCUACGAUGACAUUGUCAAGAACUGGAAGGUCACCUAUGUCGCUGGUGGUGCCGCUCAGAACGCUGCUCGCGCUGCCGCUUACGUUCUUCCGGAGAAGUCUGUCAUGUACACCGGCUGUGUUGGCGAGGAUGAGCUUGCGGAUCAACUUCGCGCCGCCAACGCGAAGGAGGGUGUCGAGAGCGCAUACCAGGUCGCCAAGGGUCAGCGGACAGGCGCAUGCGCCGUCGUCAUCACCGGUCACCACCGGUCGCUCUGCACGACGCUCCAGGCCGCCGAGUCAUUCACCCCUUCUCACUUGUCGUCUCCCGAAAUUGCUCCUCUUAUCCAGAACGCCAAGUUCUUCUAUGUUGGGGGCUUCUUCUUGACGCAUGGUGUCGAGUCUGCGCUCGAGCUCGCCAAGCACGCGAGCAAUGCCGGCAAGGUGUACACCCUCAACCUCUCUGCUCCCUUCAUCCCUCAGUUCUUCAAGGCCCAGCUCCAGCAGGUCCUACCAUACGUUGACAUCUUGUUUGGCAACGAGAGCGAAGCCGCCUCCUAUGCGGAGGCCAACGGCCUUCCGACCAGCAGCGUUGCGGACAUCGCGCAGGCUUUCGCGAAUCUUGACAAGGCGAAUCCCUCCCGUCCUCGCCUGGUAGUCAUCACUCAGGGUGCAGAAAGCACGAUUGUUGCCUCUUCCACCGACCAGACGCCAAAAGUCUUCGCCGUGCAGAAGCUCUCCGCAGAGCAGAUCGUGGAUACCAACGGUGCUGGCGACAUGUUCGCCGGAGGCUUCUUGGGUGCCUAUGUCUCUGGCAAACCCCUCGAGGAGUGUGUCGAGACUGGCCAUGCCCUGGGUGCAAUGUGCGUCCAGCAAGUAGGGCCGACGCUCAAGUUUCCCAAGGUGAAGAUAUUCUGAGUGUUUUCAUUUGAUCUGGGAGAUAAGGGCAUUCUCAUCAAUCGCUUUCAUCUUUUCUGUUAUUCUUGGGACCACUAGUCGUGAGCAUCACCUGCUGCAUUCGCUUCAACCGCAUUGCACUCGCAUUCAACUGCAUAGGAAGUUUGUUGUAAUAGAUCAAGUAACGUAAACGUCAGAAAUAGAACCAUACCG